AUGACGUCGUCCAGCAACCCUUCAACUCUAUCCCAUAGCCGGGCUAUCCCAUUCGCGAGUCGGCUCAGCGAACAACUGUCGCAGCGGACCGGGCAAACCAGUUCAGGCACCGAUCCCGACCAUGCCGGCGACAGAAACACACCUACACUUGGGCCUCCAUUGCGUCCUUCACCGAAUACUCGCUCGCUGAGCGAUGCGGGAAAACCAGUUUCCGCCAUGCCGAUCAAUCACGAUGAUUCCCGCCCGCCCAGCAAAGAUGACUCCUCCCUCUCCUCGACCCCCGAAACGCCCCAGCGGCCGUCCAUGCAGAGUCUCUCGUUGAACCUCUCUGCCAGAUCCUCCGGACCUUUAUCCUUAUCCAAUCGCGCCCCGCUUUCCCCGAAGCUCGAUUCCUCGGCCAUCUACGGCUCGCCGGGCUCCGUGCUGCCCCGUCGUUCCCGAGGCCUGGACUUUUCGCGAGCUUGCACCAAUCUCCAUCACUCGACCCUUGCAGAAGCGUCCCCGGACUCCUCCCCGACGGUUGGCGGGCGCGGUGUAAAUAUCCCGCAACGGCGCGGCUCGCCAGCUUCAGUCUCUGGCCUCCAGUUCUCCACCUCGAACCCCGCCGACAAGGCCACAAUUUCGAGCUCCGUAUCCAGCGUCAACAUGAUGGAAUCCGAUACAAGCAGUAGUGAGGAGGAUGAUGAACCCAUGAUUGGCGACCGUGACGACAUGAUGAUUACCAAUACACCUCAGGCGAAGCGGUUGGGAGGUGGAAUGAGUCCAUUUGCUGUGGGGAACGUGUCCAGCCCGGGAAAUGAGUGGAUGGGCGGCUAUUCGCAGGCAGCCGCGAGUCUCAUGAGCUUCCAGCGGGCUCGUUUUCGUAAGGGACGAAGCAGGCACAGCUCCAGCAGUGCUAGUGGCAGUUCCAAGCAGAGUCCGGGUCCUCUCUCACCACCCGUGAUGAAGAGUAUCGAAGGUCAGAAUGGGGGCUAUUUUGGCGCAGGUGCCCGACGGGCUAGUCUCAGCAUGGGCACGAGGGAUUUGCGCCUUUCAGAUGUCAGCGACGAGGGUGAGAACCGCGGUGCGCGUGGGCAGAGCCCAAGCACGUCGAACUCCGAGGGCGGGCCUUUGGGGGUAAUUCGACGGGCCGUUACCCGUCGUGGGAGCUUACUCCCAAAAACGAAAACCUUUGCGCGUAUUCGGGCGGCAUUGAUGGAGGAGUCUGCUCCAAUUGAUAGCGAGGCCAAGCGAGAAGCGGAAGUUAUUCGACAAGUCAAAGAGAACGAACCUGACGUUGAAGCGAAAUCGCCGCUGGGUGAUUUGUCGGCUCUUGACACGUCCACUCCUGUUGCUCACGGGCAAACCCCAGAGGAAAUCCCUCCAAAAGCCGGAUUGACGACACCGGACGAACCAAAAUUCAUCGAUCAGGCAAACCGAAAUUCGGGAGGAGUCGAGUUCUGGAAUUCGUUCGACGAGCGCUACCGCACGCCGCCCCCACCCCAACGCCGACAUGGAGCUUCAUCGGUCUCUGAAGAUGACCUCGCUAUGGACAUCACACCAUCUACCACUGUAGGAUCGACUACAGAAUUUGCUAAACCGAGCGAACGACCCGGCUCGCGCAGUGAAGCAUCUCAAGGCGCCCCGGCUGGGUUUGUCGGCGAGUUCAGGAGGAAACGCCGUCGGGAUGAUGAUUUCGAUCCAAACCUCUUCAAGCGGCGAGCGGUAUCGCCAAGCAUGAGCGCACAGAGUAGCCCGGUCAUGCCUAAUUCACCGGUGGUCAAAGACACGAGUCCCAGCAUCUGGGGCCCACCAAGAUCGAACCUUGGCUCGCUGUUCCCCGACCGGCCUGUCACCGAAAAUGGACCUCGCAAUGGUAACAACCAUACCGGAACCCUGAAACGAGUAGGACUGCAUGGGAUGAAUGAAACCAGCGAUGGCUUCAUGAACAUGAGCAUUGAGUAG